AUGGCGCAUGGCAUGUUUAGCCUUCUGCCUUCCUGGCCCUCUGCGAUCGGAGGGAACAAGGUCAUGGCAGAGGAGGUCAAGAUGUUAAGCUCGUCCUGUGCGCCCGGCGCCAAUAUCGCGCUGUCCCCGAUGCUCAAGCGCAAACGCUCGGAUUCAACCGUGGCCGACGCUCCUGUCACGACAAAAUUCCGCACUGAAGACCCGGUCGCGUUCUCCUCGCAGCCGACUCCAUCCCCAACCGUCACAUCCACAUCCGACCACGUUGCAUCGCCUUCCCCGUCGGGCGCGACCGCGCGUCCACCGGCGCAGGCCGCCUCGGGUGCACCAGAUGUGAAUCGCCUUCGCGAUAACCUGACCGCUCAGAUCAGCUUGGAGGUGCUGUUGAAGCACAACGAGUUGCGCCUGAUUGACCAGGAGAUCGCCAAGUGUCAGGUUGCAUUGGAGCAACUGCGCCGUUGUUCGGAGAUCCCCUUCCCUGGCUCUGCUGUCGCCGGCGUGUCCGCCGAUGUCAGCUCGGGCUCGGGCGCAUCGCUGUUGAAGCCUGGAAAUGGCCCAGCAGCGCUCUCGCCUGCACCCUGGGGUGUCACGGAGGGUCCGUACUCGCGUCACUACGCGAGAUGGCUUCUUCCGGAUCCUCGGUUUGAUGGCGGUGAAGUCAGGUCUGGACUGUCUACAGCAAGUGGUGCUGGUCUUCCGCUGGUCGAGGGCCGUUCAACUCGUGGGAAUCCGGUUGAUUAUCCUAUGCUCGCGGGCAAGUCGCGUCCUUCGCGGAACUCUACUGGUGAGAAGCUGAGCGCGGGUCUGCCAAGCGGGUACCCUAUCGUCAAGGAGAAGGCUGGGCCUAUGAUAGUGCGACGCAAGUCGGAUCAAGUUAUGGUCAAGCUCGUCUGUCUCGACUGCCGGAGGGAUAACUUCUCCAGCACGCAGGGCUUUAUCAACCAUUGCCGUAUUGCGCACGGCCGGAACUUUGCUAGUCACGACGCUGCUGCAAUGGCCUCUGGUGAGCCAGUUGAGGUCGAUGAAGCGGGUACUGUUGUUGGUGGCCGCAGCGAGUCGACCAGCAGUGUCGCGAGCCAAGGCUACGUGCACCCGUUGAUCCGCUCUGCUGCUCAACCCCCAACACCCUCAAAUGCACUCCCCACUCCAUCCAAGGACGCUCUCACUCCACGGAAACAAUCCGAUCUUAUCUCCGCCGUCGCCACCCCUCCUGCCACGGUCCUGAGUAACCAGUCGUUCCGUCGUCAAACAAAGCUCGUCAAACCUGUGAACCCCUCGUUCAUGGCGUCUCCAGCCACUCCUCACCUCUCCGCUCUCAUGCGUGACCGAGGUCUCGGUUUGGACAUGAGCAAGCUGGUGGAAGAGUCGAAGGCACCUGUGGACCUGAGUGGUCUUUCCGACGACGAGUCAGAUAUGGAAGAGUCAAGACAGCCAACCCGGAGGGCCAGCCAGGAGCCUUCUCAGCAGUCAACUCCCGCAGCUCGCCAACCGAUGCGCAUGCCCACCUCGCAGGCCGCAUCGGAGCGAACUGAGAGCCGCAAGGGCCUCGAAAGAGCAACCCACGGUCCUCAACUGUCGUACGAGAUGACCCCCUCCCGGCCCCAGCCUCACCAGCAGUCCACCAUCGUGAACUUUUCGCUUCACGGUCCAUUCCAUCCCUCUCUCCGUGACGGGGAUGGACUGGAUCACGCUGCGAACCUCAGCCCGAACACGAUAGAGUCCAACCAAGCUCCUAGCUUGGUCAGCGAUGACGAAGACGACUACGAGGCCGCAUCAGACUCGGAUAGCCCUAGCUCGUCCGAGGCCGGUGACCAGGAUCAAGACUUCCGACACAUCGAAGUGCAAGACGACGAACGUGCUGCCGCUCCUCCCGCCGCCGAGGCCAAGCCCGGUCCUUCACUGGCAAGCUCCGCGCCGCAGCCCGCGCCGACCCUCUCCAAACCCAUGAAGAAGAGUCGAUCGAAGAACAUUUCCAUGAUGCCAUUCAGCGAGCGCACCCAAGACGAGCGCAUGUAUGUCCGUCCCACCGAGGCGCCAUCCCGCAACCACAGCCGGAAUCCUUCUCCGACCCAGUGA